GUACAGUUUCACCAUGAGACUUGAAUAAACAGACGGUCUACACGUUGCAAAAUGGACGAUGAAGGCUUGUGCUAAGUCGAUACCCCAUGUCUUCCAACUUAACCGCCACGGCGCCUUCGAGAAAGCGACCUUAUUCCCGCGCGCGACAUGCUUGUCUCCGAUGCAGGAGGCAGAAGCUGCGCUGCGACAAUACUCGUCCCUGCGCACUAUGCAUUCGAGUUGGAGUCGCUUGUGAGGAACGUCCCUCAGGAUCUCGGUUCUCGACAACGCCAUCCUCGCGCCCACAUCGCGAAGACCAUCAUGCUUCUCCGGUACAAAGCCUCCACGAUGAUCGACCAUCUGCUCCCGAGACACCUCUGCUGAACAGCAGUCCUACCUCGAGAAACGGGCGGGACGCUCAAGGGCAACAAUCGGCCGAGAAUACGCCUCACCUCUAUCGACCAAGGACAUCAACCUACGAGGUUGUGGAUAAGAUCUUCAGAGAGCACAAUCCCCAAGGCACAAUUCACCACACUUCUGCUGCCAUACCGGGUGGUAGUCCUGACGCGAGGACCAAUAAUUCUGGCAUUCAGUAUCUGCUCGUGUCAGAUGUUAUUGGUGAAGAUCUACCGCCGUCCGAUAUCAUUGACCUCACAUUGGACGCUUACACCAGAGCUGUACAUUGGUUCAUGCUCAUGCUUCACCUGCCGUCCUUCAGAGCUGACUUGCAGAAGUAUCAGACCACAGGCUAUGUGCGGGCUGACAAAGUACCCUCACUGGUCCUAACUAUUCUCGUCAUCGCAGUAGGUGCCAAAUAUAUAACAUGCCAGACUGUAGGCGAGAAAUGCCCCGGCUUUGACCUACAUGGUCUCAGUGAUAGAUUCAUUGGCAAAGUGGAGAAGCACUUGCUAGACGUGUACGAAGCUGCUUGCAUCGAAUCCGUCCAAGUCUCGGCGAUCCUCUCAUCAUUCUACCUCUACCAAGGGCGACCUAGUCGCAGCGUUCCUGUCAAUGGGAGUUGUCUGCGGGUUGCUAUGACCCUGGGGCUGCAUAAGGAAUCAAGCUGGAAGAUGCGAGACCUCGUGACUCGAGAGCUUUGGCGACGUCUCGCUUGGGUCAUUUACACCGCCGAGGUCUUUGGGGCUCUAGCAUAUGGAACGCCAGGCACAGUACGCGAUGAUGAAUGGGACGUGGCACUACCUGAGAAUAUUGGCGACACAUCCGAAACAUGUCCUGGCUUUGCGUCGACGGAAACUUACGAAGGAGAAUCCUGUGGUCCAGUGACCAUCCUCUCUUAUCAGCGGUAUAAAUUCCGCCUGUAUCGUAUUGCCUCAUCGAUAACGAGGACUAUCUACCGACCCAGCGGAGCUUCCUGGGAUUAUGUCGCCACAAAGAUCAAGACCAUCAACGACCGACUCCAGCAAUGGGAAAAGAGCAUACCCCCGGAACUUCGCCUUUCGAAUCUCAGAGUGACAGCAGAUAAUGAGGGUGAUCAACGAAUGAUCAAGAUCUUUCAACUACAGGCGCUUGUUCUCCAGCUGUCAUACGACAACAUUCAGCUAGUUUUGCACCGCCCCUUGUUUACCAUGAAUCGAGCACCGUCAUGGCCAUCACUGAACGACAGCGGCCAAGUUCAAGGAACCUUUGGGGAGGUCUCGAAUCAAAGCUCCAGUGAUCUCAAUGAGAUGAUCAAAAUAAGCAGGUACCAGUGUUGGGUAUCUGCCAUGAGAACCUCCAAGAUUGGUGACCACGCUGAAAUCCUGUCUGCCUCACGGGAAACUCACGGAGGUGCUUAUGUCGGGAUUCAAUCAUUCACCGCUGGUGUCGUGCUUGGGAUAUUUGCUCUCUCAGAUCCGCUCUCCGACCAGGCCCAUCAAGCUAAACGUGCUGUAAGCAAGAUCAUCAAGCUUCCUCGUUUAUACGAGUAUCGUACAACGAUCUCAGAUCAAUGCGGUGUUAUCCUCGAAGAACUCUUGCGACUUAUACUGGCGGAGGAGAUGAAAGCAUUGCUCGUUGAGGGUGACGCUUCCGCCAAGGCCGGUGAGUCAGACCAGGCUGUGACGGGGAGCCGCGACAACUCGAAUCCAGUGGACACUGAGCAGACCAGACAACAGAGGUUUCCGAGGGUUGAUUUUGAUCCUCCUCUGAACAACGCCGACGACUUUCCAAGCAUGGACACUCUACGAAGUUUCCCGGAUCAGUCACCAGAGAUUCCCCGGGACAUCUGUAUGGGCAAUUUCAGCGAUGCGCUGCUAUCGCUACAAGACAUCAGGACGUCCAAUACUUUUGACAAUACUACUCAAGCAUGGAUAUGGGACGAUUUGAUUUGGCAACCCGAAAUGUCAUGAUAUUUUAAAUGAUAGCGCUACCAAAUUGAUUCCGUUGCGUCCCACGGCAACAGUUGAUCGAAGUCAUCCAGUUCUAGAUCAGGUAAGGACAUUAUGAAGCUGUUGGCAAGAUCAUCGUCGUCCUCCUCGUGAGGCUGAUGUACCUGGUCCUUUUCUAUUCCUGAUCCUGAAACCAGCUUUGUCAUGGCUGGCAUGCUACUAUCCUCGACAUGGAAUAUUGAUGCUGGGCUCUUUAGCACUUCGACCGAAACUGGAGUGGGACCACCAGUUGCAUCCAUCGUCGAAUGUUUGGCAUCCUCCUUCAUUCGGUAUGCUGCCGUAUUCAACAUUGAGAUUGUGGUGUCUGCAAGCUGAUAUGACUUUGCAAAUUCAAGCAGGAUUCGCCAGCAAAGGUAAAAUUUCUGAAAGCUGAUUUCUCGGACCAUAUCGUCCUGAGACAUGCUGUACAGGAGAUGAGUGACGGCCGUGGGCUCCAAGGCUGCAAUGGCAGUCUCUGGCAGAAACUGUACCAAGUCCUCAGCGUAUAGGUCGCUGAAAAUUUCGGUAACUGACCUCGCCGAUUGACAGACCAUUUUUGCAGAAGACGCUGUCAAGUCUGCAUUUGUUUGGCCGCGACCUGAUGGGUUAGCCAGCGGUCUAUAUAUUGUCAUGAGUGUCAUGCAAUAAUAUCCCGUUAACAAGGCCUUGUGCACCCUAACAACCUUGUGCUCGUUGGCAACUCCAAUGAUCCCUCCCUGGGAUUGAUCCGAGUGCACGCUGACUGGCAAUUGUUGGAACCAGUGUUGGAGCUCAUCUCCGCAGACGCUAAUCUCGAUGUCCGUCAGCUCGCUGGAACGAGGGAUCAGUGAGAUUGUGGAUGGUCGUCUCCCACGGGCAAUUUGUGUCCUUUGAGGUUCAUAGUGUGAUGAUAACACUUUCUCAAUAUGCAACGCCAGUUGCGCCAAGGCAAUGCAGCAUUGUGACAGAAUCACACACUCACCCGGAUUCCCAGGUUGAAUAAGUGAAGUCUCUUUUAUGGCUCGAUGGAGUGAGUCUGAUCGAAGGUCAUCAAUCUCGAGCGAUGGCAUGCUCGUUGUAUCCGGUUUGAACUGCACCGGUCUCCUUAGAGUAACCGCCAUCAGACGAUCUCUGAUUAGGAGUGACCACCAGGUAAGUCUUGUCGUGACUGAAGAACCUGAGCAUGAAGUAAAAUCUAUAUUCGAGUCCCAACCGAGACUGCUGGCAUGCAUUGUCGCGACACCCAUCCAGUGAUAAUUGUCUCUCAGUGUACCUGAAUCGCCGUCCCAGAAGCUAAGCAGAAUGGCGGAUUGGAUGAUUGACAGACGGUCCGAUUCGACAUCGAAGUCAUGCAGUAACCUGGCGCGGUCGAAACAGAUCCUUCUGACUGAUUUUCGGCAUCCUUCCUCUAGGCUGUUGCCUAUGAAUGCCGUGGCAGCAGAGAGUAAGGACUGGAAGACAAGGAGGCUGACUGUGCGUUUUCCGCCGUUGCUGAAGACGGCCGUCAAGAUCCCCUCGAGAUCAAGCAUGGGUGUAAAAGGGUGGACCCAUUGCAUAUAUGCCUGGAGGAGCAAGUCUCGGAUCGGGGCAUCGGGAAUAUCAAAGGCUCCUUUGCUUCGGAGGAAGUCGAGGUCCUCUGGAGAAAUGUUUGUGGACAAUGGUGUGAUGAAGGAAGGGAGGGUAAGACACUGGGAUUGGUCACUGAUGACCGUAGAUGUAGGAGAAGGAUACGAUGCCACUGGGUCUGACUUCGAGUUCUGGGUUAUCUUGUCUAGCGGGGGAUUGAAGAAGUCGAUUAUGGGUAGUGUUCCGAAAUCACCGGGCGAGAGGGUGAGCGUCUUCCCGUGGACCGCUGCCGCCCUUUGGUGACUUUUCUGCUGCAUCGAGGGCUGUUCUGUUUUGAUAGUCGUCCGUACAUCUUCGAAAUCGAU